GUGCACGAGCUGCAGCGCAUGGGCGUGAGCUUACUGGACAUACUCAAACUGCCCCAAAAUGCAUUGCGUCUCUUCAAACUACGCAAUGGCGGACUACGAGACGCAUGGCGAGGCAGAUGGUGCUGGCAAUACAUCCAUGGGCAGCAGCCAGCAGCAGAGCACGUACAAAUGGACUGAUGAAGACACUCAGCGCCUCAUUAAGUGGAGGGCUAGGAAUGAAGACAAGUUUACCGGCAAGCGCAAUGCUGCCAUGAAAGGCUUUGAGAUGUUCAUCCAGGAGCAUGGGUUGGAGGGUAAAGUCAAGGCUGGAUGGGCCAAAAAGAAAUGGGAGAACCUCAAACAAAAAUACAAGGAAGUGAAGGCACCUCGCACAGGUGUGAACACUGAGGGAGGAGAGGCUACUGCUGCAAACUGGAAGUGGUUUGAUACCAUGGAUAAGGUGAUAGGGCGAAGACACUCUAUAACCCCACCAAACCUCAUCUCUUCAGCCAUGGCACUAACCCCUGAUGAGGAUGUUCAGACGAGGGCCAGCUCACUACAAACUCAGUAUUCCGGACCCAUGACACCAGGACAGAGGAGGAUCCUACAGUCCUGCAAAUUCCUUACAAAGCAUAUCAACCAUUGUUCCACUGAAAGUAACCUUGAUCACUUGAUAAAAGAAAGCAGUGACAGCGAAUCAGAGAACAGAGAGCUGUCCCAGGACCUCGAUGGCGGGGAGUCACCAUCACACACCGAGAGCUCCUCAGUUUCACCUCCUCCUCCUCAGCCUGCAAAAAAACGUUCCAAAACCCAAAGCAGACAUGACAUGAAGAGACAGAAACUUGCCUUGUUGCAGCACUUAUUGGAUGUUAUUCAGGAGACAAGCAGAGAACCAGAGACAGACUGUGAGGACUCGUUUGGUGUCACUGUUGCAAUGGAACUGAAGAGAAUACGAAACCUAGGACUGAGGAACAGAGUAAAGAGACAAAUCAUGACCAUAUUGUACGAUGCACUGGACUGUGAGCAGCCAGACACUCUACUAUACCAGCCACUACCUGCCUCCCCAAGGGAAGAAUCCCACUCCAUAACCGUAGUCUUGCCUUAACAUCCUGCCUGUAUAAUGUUACAGAAAGACUCUGAUGUCAUGUGGAAAUAAGACAUGAUUGGUACAUAUUAAUAAAGACAUGACUGUUUUUUGA